CUAGGUUAAAUUUCAGAGCUUGGAUGAUAAAUUCUCAAACCCUAGUACUGAGGCCCAACGAUUUUUGCGGAUAUAUUGGGUUUAUAAGAGCCCACGCUUUUACUUGUUUUUUUAUUUCCCUAUUUCUUCAACCUUGUUCUUUUCGUUUAACCUAGCAACAUAUCUGUUGGAGCCGCCACCCGCCACCGUAAUUCAACCACGCCGCUGCUUCACACUCCUUCGUAUUCGGAUUCUUAAGCUUUCUCUAUCAAGGUUGGAGUGUGAUUACGAGCUUAAAUUUGAAACGCACUUUUCAAUUUAAGUUGAAGGAUAUUAUCAAUUUGUGUGUUUUGUAUUUUGUUUGCCAGCCACUAUCAUGGCUGUUCAUUCAAAAUAUCGUCUUAUUACUUACUCACCGGAGAUUAUAGAUGGAAAACCUAUUUUUGUUUCGUCGAAUUGUCUUCCGGUGAAGGCAUCGAAAUUUGAGCCGGCAGGUCAUUCUUUUCAUUCUGUCGCGCUUAAACUUCGCGGCGUUAAGAAAGAAGAAAAAAACAAAGAAGCUGAUAUUAAGAAAGUUGUUGGAGAUAAGGAUACAGCUUAUUUGCCGUCGGAUUCUUAUAGUAGUAAGAGUAAGAAGAAAUCUGGUGAUGGAGAUAAGCAGCAGCAAGAUCAUUAUGCUUUAUUGGGGUUGAGUCAUCUUAGGUAUCUUGCUAAUGAGGAUCAAAUUAAGAAAAGUUACCGGGAAACUGCGUUGAGGCAUCAUCCGGAUAAACAGGCUUGUUUGGUUCUUUCUGAGGAAACUGAAGCUGGGAAGCAGGCGAAGAGGGAGGAUAUUGAAACUCAUUUUAAGGCGAUUCAGGAGGCGUAUGAAGUGUUGACUGAUCCUGUUAAGAGAAGGAUUUAUGAUUCUACUGAUGAAUUUGAUGAUGAGAUUCCAACGGACUGUGCUCCACAGGAUUUUUUUAAGGUGUUUGGUCCGGCUUUUAUGAGGAAUGGGCGGUGGUCGGUGAAUCAGCCUAUUCCAUCUCUAGGUGAUGAUAAGACUUCGAUACAGGAAGUUGAUGAUUUCUACGAUUUUUGGUAUACGUUUAAGAGUUGGAGGGAGUUUCCUCAGUCGGAUGAGUUUGAUCUCGAGCAAGCUGAUUCUCGAGAUCAUAGAAGGUGGAUGGAAAGGCAGAAUGCAAAACUGUCGGAGAAGGCGAGGAAGGAAGAGUAUACACGGAUCCGUACUCUUGUUGAUAAUGCUUAUAAGAGGGACCCUAGAAUAUUGAGAAGAAAGGAAGAGGCCAAAGCGGAGAAGAAAAGGAAAAAGGAGUCCAAAUACUUGGCAAAGAAGUUGGAGGAGGAGGAAGCGGCUAGAAUUGCAGAAGAGGAGAGACAACGAAAAGCUGAGGAAGAUAAAAAAGCUGCUGAAGCUGCUUCUGCACAGAAGAAAGUGAAGGAAAAGGAGAAAAAACUCUUGCGGAAGGAGCGAACACGCCUUCGAAAUCUCUCGGGGCCUUUCUCGUCAAAACAUGUACUUGAUAUUUCUGAAGAUGAUGUAGAAAAGAUUUGCAUGUCAUUUGAUAUUAACCAACUAAGGAGUUUGUGCGAGAAAAUGGAAGGCAAAGAGGGGUUAGAGAGGGCAGAAGCUCUAAGAGAUGCAAUCAGUUGCAAGGAAGAUAGCAAGAAAGAUGUGGUUGAUGAGAAAAGUACUCAACAAAAUGGCACUGUCAAGGCUAAUGGAAACCUUAGUUCUCUUGCUGGCUACACCGAGAAAAAGGAGAAACCUUGGACUAAAGAAGAGAUCGAGCUAUUGAGGAAGGGAAUUCAGAAGUUUCCCAAAGGAACUUCAAGGAGGUGGGAGGUUGUUUCAGAAUAUAUCGGCACCGGAAGAUCUGUUGAAGAAAUAAUGAAAGCAACUAAAACUGUUCUCCUCCAGAAGCCAGAUACAGCCAAAGCUUUUGACACAUUUCUUGAGAAGAGGAAGCCUGCUGCACAAUCAAUUGCAUCUCCAUUGACAACCAGAGAAGAAUUGGAAGGGGUAUCCAUACCAGCAACAACACCUGAAAAUAGUACUGCCUCAAAAACACAGAUCCCAACAGCAACAUCGAUCCCAACAGCAACACCGACGACAGCAACAAAUAACAUCAGCUCGGAAGAGUCUCAAGAAGUUUCUGAAUCAGAGGUGUGGUCUGCAGUGCAGGAAAGAGCACUAGUUCAAGCUUUAAAAACCUUUCCAAAGGAAGCUAGUCAGAGAUGGGAGCGAGUAGCUGCUGCUGUACCAGGGAAAACUGUGAAUCAGUGCAAGAAAAAAUUUGCCAUGAUGAAGGAAAAUUUCAGAAACAAGAAAACUGCAGUUUGAAUAUUACCAUUCAUAACCCAUAGUCUAUGAAAUUUUGUCCUCAUGCCUGUUAGAUUUUUUUUACCACAACUUAAACAGAAUAUGGGUUGCUACUCAAUCUUAGUUAGGUAUCUUGAUCAUUAUUAAAAUCAACAUUCUAUCAUAGCACCGGAUAUAUGUACCAUUUUUGGUUUGCAAGAGAGUUUUCUUUUAAUUCCGUGUUGUCUCAUUUAUGUCUCGAGCUGAAACGAUGCUUUUGUAGUUUAUAUACUUGCAAGUUUAUCUUUUAUAUUUAUAAAAUAAUUUUGUCUGAA